AUAGGAUUUUGAGCGGAAAAUAUGAAUUAUUAUUCGGUAAUAUUUUGAUGGAUUGCAGAAGUAGAUAGGCCUAAUAGGAAAUCUACUUUAGGAAAAAUAAUUAUCAACUUAUAUAAAUAGAAUAAUGAUGAUUUUCAACUUAUGUGCCAGUUUAUAUCCCCACCGGAUUUAUAAACUGUCCAAACGGCCCUUAGUAUUGUAUUCAGUGUUGUUACAUCUCAUACAUUACAUUUGACAAUAAUUAUUAUUUUAUUCAAGCUCAAUUAAUGAAGAUCUGGCUUACAACGUGCGCUAAGUUAGAAUUGCAGGUAAAAACAGGAGUGAACAGGAGUUUGAUAUUAAUAUUAAACGAGAAACUGAAAAAUACUUCUUAUCCUCUAUUAAAAUGGUGCCAACUCAAUUAGUAGCAAUAUGAAUACGAAACAUCAAGUUCAUCUAGCUAUAGUGAGGUCCAAGUUAUAAUGGCAGUAUUUGAUUAACACUGGUGUUGCUAUCCUUUUCUAUCAUUCGAAAAAACAGAUAGCUCUAUCUUUUUAUAGCUCCGCAAAGUUUUCAAAUCCAUUUUUAACAAUGUUGAAAUAUAAUUAAUUAAGGCAGACAAUCGGCAAUGCUGUUCUUCUAUCUUCAUCCACUGCCAUUAUAACUUGGACCGCACUAUAGCUACAUGUAAUGCCGCUUCCACACUCUUGCCAAGUGCGUAUAAAUGUCUAUGAGCGCGAGAGUGUGGAUGGCUACUAUGCCACCGCUCGUCAUCACUCAGCCCGUAUAGAUGUAUACAGCAAGCCGUUUGGCAAGCGACUUGGCGAGUGUGUGGUAGUGACAUAAAUCCAGUCCCAAGGUGCAAUUUCUUAGCGGUGACGUGUAUCUAAGCAGGCGACUUGAGACGCGUAGUUACAGCAGUCACGGCUUGAUGACUUAUUGGAUUUUUAUGUUGUAUAAAUGUUAUGGCGACAGAUGAAUUAGAAUUGUUGACUGCUAUAUUGCUUUUACGAUUAAUAUCUAAUGAAUAAUCGUAUCUAAUGAGUUUAUAGGAUAUGUGCUUUAGCCGUAACGGCUCUAGGCACGCGUUUUAAAACGCCGUUAAGGAAUUACACCUUUAUUAGGCCCAUAUGCAACAGCUCGGUUAAAACUGAGUAAGAUCAGCUGUUUGUUUAAAUAAAUGCGACCAUAUCAACAAGUAAUCGUGGUUUAGUGUGUAACGUGGUGCAUAAAAUAAUAGCCCUGAAACAACGAAACAUAGGACUCAAUCAUAUGGUUUGGAAAAUAUAAGGUUUGCUCACAUUAACCUUGAAACAAGAUUUGUCCCCCUGAUAUUUCAAACUAUAGUUACACCCAAUUUUCGGUGAAUUAAUUAACUUGUGAAUUCUUAAUCAUUUUGAACUGAUCUAAAUUCUCUAAUUAUCUGAAUAUUUUUAUAAUGGAAGCGAAUCCAAUAAAUGCAUGUCAUCUUGCUAUAGAUGAUAAUGUUUUUAUACUAAAUUAUAACAAAGCAGUGGUCGUUCGAAAUGGCAUUGCCUACACCAACACAAGAUCUCGUUUGCGGCGCAUGGUACGAUAUACUUCUUCCGAUGGCUUACAAGAUGAUGAAGUGGAUGAUGAUUUACCAAAAACAUCUCAAAGUCUUUCACCUGACUCAUCAGAAUGUACAGUGGAAAAUAAAGGUUUUAGACUGCACUGGCUGUGUAGCUUGCACUGUGAAGAAAUGUUUAUUCCAUGUAGAGUGAGCGGACUUCAUUUUCCUUACUCCAAGAUGGGACAGAUGCUACAAAUGCAAUACCUUAUUGACUGCAAACCAGAAAAUUGCUAUACAGAUUCAUUCACGAAGGCUCUCGAAUUUUCAAUGACGCAAAUACUAAUGCAAGAAGUCCAAUUUAAAGUAUUUACUUUGAUACCUGGUUACAGCAUACAGUUGAAUUGGCUGACACCACGUCCAAAACAUCUUAUUCUCAAAAAGAUCGAACGAAUUCUAUGGUAGGAGAUUAAUGAUUAUUGAAUUGACUUAUCAAACUUAUUCA